AUGAAUGACUUAUAUGGAAGAAGUGCAAGCAUUAUGGAAUCUUAAUAGAAAUUAGAAUUAUUCAUAAGUUGUCGUGGAUUAGCUAACAUGGAUACCUUUUCAAAAAGUGAUCCUUAUGUGAUAAUGUAUGUGAAAAGAAAUAACUAAUGGUCAGAAGUAGGAAGAACAGAAAUAAUUUAAGAUAACUUAAAUCCAAACUUUGCAAAGACAUUUAUAAUAGAAUAUUACUUUGAAUGUUAAUAGCCAUUGAAAUUUAUCUGUAAUGAUGAUGAUGGAAAUGGAUAAUUUGAUGUACAAUUUAAAUGAAAAUAUUUAGUUUAUUGGAAGUGUUGAAACUACAUUAGCAAAUAUUGCAGGAGCUAGAGAUUAAUUAUUAAUGUUAAAUCUAAGUAAUGGUAAUAAGAAAACAGGAGUAUUAAUUAUAAGAGCAGAUUAGGUUAGAAUGAUAAAUGAUAAAAUAAUCAUGUAAAUAAGUAAAUUCUAAUUAUUAUAUUUUUUAGGUGCUGAUAAUCUACCUAAUACAAGGUUUUUACCUUGGCAUUGUACAUCACCCUUUUAUAGACUAUAUAGAACAAGAAAGGAUACAAAUUAAUAAUUAUUAGUUUAUGAAAGUGAACCUAUGAAAAGUACUUUAAAACCUAUAUGGAAAAGAUUGGAUAUAUAAUCUUAGAAAUUAUGUAAUGGAGAUUACUAUAUGCCUAUAAAAGUUGAAAUAUGGGAUUAUAGAACUUCAGGAAGUCAUGAACAUAUUUGUUCUACUGAAUUUUCAGUAGAUGAAUUAAAAGGAAAGAAUAUGGUCAAAAAAAUAUUAUUUGAUAAAAAUAAAAAAUAAUCUGGUUCUAUUUGUUUCAAUGAAGUAAUCUAAAUCUAAUUAUAUUUUAGUUUAAAUUAAUUGAAAAACCUAGUUUCUUAGAUUAUUUAUAGAGUGGAACAUAAAUAAAUUUAAUUUCUGCUAUAGAUUUUACAGCAUCUAAUUAAUCUCCAAAAAAUCCAAGUUCUCUUCAUUAUAUUGAUGAUUAAUAUCAUAAAAUGAAUUAAUAUCAAUAAGCAUUAUUAGCUGUAGGAGAAAUCUUAUUAAAUUAUGAUCAUGAUAAAAAAGUACCUAUAUUUGGAUUUGGUUGUAAACCAAGACUCCAUAAUUUAAAUACCCCUUAAACUUUACAUUGUUUCCCAUUAAAUGGUAAUCCUCAAGAUCCAGAAGUAUUCUAAAUGGAUGGAAUUAUGCAAGCUUAUAAUUAUGCAGUAAGGAAUGUCUAAUUUGAUGGUCCUACUUAUUUUAAUCCAAUUAUUUAAGAAUCAAUGAGAAUAGCUUAAACUUGUAAGGAUAUGAAUACUAAUACAUAUUUUGUAUUAUUUAUUUUAACAGAUGGAGAAAUUCAUGAUAUGAAAGUAUUAUAUAUUUCUAUUUUAUAGUAAACAAUUGAUUCCAUUGUAGCAUCCUCUCAUUUACCAUUAUCUAUUAUAAUUGUUGGAGUAGGAGAUGCAGAUUUUACUAAUAUGUCAAUUUUGGAUGAUGAUGAUGGUAAUCUACAUGAUUCUUUUGGAAGGAGAACUCAAAGAGAUUUAGUUUAGUUUGUUCCAUUUAAUUAAUUUAAGAAUAAUCCUGAAUUAUUAGCCAAAAAUGUAUUAUAAGAAUUACCAGAUCAAUUAGUUGAUUAUAUGCUUUUAAUUGGUAAAAAACCUGGACCUAAAAAUUGUAAUUAUUAUCAAUUAUUAUUAUUUUAGUCAUAAAUUUAGGAUAAUUCGAUAUCAAUCAAUAUUCAUAAUAGUAUGGUUUAUAAUAAUAGGUUAUGUAACCUAAUUAAUAAUAAUAAUCAGUACCUUAAAUACCUUAAUAAUCAUUUCCAAAUUUACCACCUCCAUCUUAAUUUUAAUAACCUCCACCUCCACCAUAUACUUAAUAAGUAUAUUAACCUUAAUAACCCUCAUAUUAAUCAUAAUUGCCUUAAUAUCCUACAUAAUAAUAAUCAAGUUAUCCAUAAUAAUAAUAAUAAGUUUACCCUCCUCCUAAUUAUUAAUAGUAAUAAUAAUAAAUAUAUCCUCCUUAAUAAGCUGGAUUCUAAUCUAAAUUUAUUUAAGGUCUAGCCAAUACAAAUUUCUUAGGAUAACAUAUAAAUGAUGCUUAAUAAUAAUAACUUAAUUAAUAAUUGCCUUAAUUUUAAUAUCCCCCUUAAGAACCAGAGAAUCCAUUAGGUAUGCAACCUUAACCAAAUUAAUAUUAAUAAGUAAAACAACCUCCUCCUUAUGUGCCUGACAACCCUUAUGGAUUAUGA